AUAAAGAAUAUUAGAAUUUUCCCAAUUAAAUCAUGUAGAGGAUUUGAAGUCAAGGAGUGGGAGAUUGGUGAAUAUGGAUUCUUGUAUGAUCGUGCCUGGAUGGUUAUCAAGGAGGAUAAUAAUAAUUUUGUUACUCAGAGAGAAACUCCUUCGAUGGUUUUGAUUGGAACAAGUAUUGAUUUGAAAAAGGGAGAAUUGAAGGUUAGCUUCCCUGGAUCUGAUGAUUUCUCAGUGAAAUAUAUUGAAAAUAUUCAGAUUAAUGAUGAAAAUAAGGAUAGAGUGAAAAAUGUCACUAUUUGGAAAUAUCCUGUCAAUGCUUUUGAUUGUGGAGAUGAAAUUGCCAAGUGGUUGUCAAAGAAUUUGAAAGUUUCAGUUCGUUUGGUUCAAGUUAUUGAUAAGUUUACUGAUUUAAGAAGUGAUAAAUCUAAGGAAUUUACACAUGUUGCUCAAUUUGCAGAUGGUUAUCCAUUCUUAUUAACCUCUGAAAAUUCAGUCAGCGAUUUUAACAAGAAGGUCAUUCAAGAUCAAUCAAAUCUUUUCACAAGAUAUUUCAAAACCUUCCUCUAUGAUUUAUUUGGAGCUUAUUCAUAUAUUAGUAAUUGGAAUUUCCGUGGAAAUAUUGUAAUCUCAUCACCAUCUAUUUCACCAUACGAUGAAGAAAAGUAUAGAGAAAUUGAAAUUAAUGGAGUUACAUUCUAUGGUGUUAAGAGAUGUUCAAGAUGUACCAUGCCAUCUGUUGAUGUUGAUUCAGGUGUCAAGAAGAGUUUCAUUAUUGAUUCAUUGAACAAACAUCGU